ACUCUGAUCAACCAACUGGUAGGUAUACUGUACCUACUGUACAUUUAAAAAGUGGAGCAGAUCAGUCGUAAAUUACUAAACCAGUGUAAUUCAGUGUUAGUUGCAUAACAUUUCAUGCUAUCAGUGUAUUACAGAUUUGGGAGUUGUUAGGGUAACAUCCUAUAUUUGACUUCAUAUAAACUUUAUAUUACAUCUUUUUCUUCCUGGAUUUUCCAUCAGUGAUCAUGCGGACAGUGUUGCUCCUCCUCAUAAUGGGAGUAGUGGAUCUGAGCAUCGGCCAGCAUUACAGCCAGUUUCAGUGGCUGUCCCAUCUGCGAGGGCGGCGGCGGAAUGCCGGCUGGUGGGCCGAUGACGUGGACUGCCCCCUGGAGUGCGAUUGUCCCUCUACCUACCCCACAGCUAUGUACUGUCACAGCCGCAACCUUCAGCAUGUUCCCUACAUCCCCUCACAUAUUAAGUACGUCUACCUGCAGCAUAACCAGAUCACAGGCAUUCAGGAUGGGGUGUUUGACAACGCCACUAACUUGGUCUGGGUUGUACUGUUUCACAACCAGCUCAACUCAGACAAGAUCGGCAAGAACGUCUUCAGCAAGCUGAAGAACCUCGAGCGGCUCUUCUUGGAUCACAAUGACCUCAUACGUGUGCCGUCCAACUUGCCCAAGUCUAUCACGGACCUGCGACUCGGCCACAACAAGAUCUCAAAAAUCCUCUCCAGCUCAUUUGAGGGGAUGGCUAACCUCAUCACCCUUCAGCUCCAGGCAAAUGUCAUAGAGGACGUUGGAGGUGUGUUCAAGGGACUGAAGUCUCUGACUAUGCUGGAUAUGAGAAAAAACAGGCUGAGGAAAAUCCCUGACAACCUCCCUGAGAGGAUGCAGCAGCUCUACCUGGAGUUUAAUAACAUAGAGAGUGUGCCGACGGGCUUUCUUACCAAGUAUCCCAAACUGCAGUUUGUCCGGUUGGCUCACAACAAGCUGACAGAUAAAGGACUUCCAUCCAAUGUCUUCAAUAUCAGCACGCUGGUUGAGCUAGAUCUUUCUUUUAAUAAACUGGAGAAGAUCCCUGUUGUCAGUAGGAACCUGGAGAACCUUUAUUUACAAGCCAAUAAGAUCAAAGAGUUCUCCCUGGGCAGUUUCUGCAGUACAACCGACAUGACAAACUUCUCCAAGCUGAGAAUGCUGCGUUUGGAUGCCAAUGAGAUCAGUGCCAAAGCCAUACCUGCGGAAGCAGCCUACUGUUUGCGGCAUGUUUCCUUCAUUGAUGUAUAGGGCUUCCUGAUCUCUCGCACCGAUUUGUCUCAACUCAUCCAGGGUGUUGCUCCAUCUGCAACACCCCAGCCUCUUGUCACAUGUCAACAUGUCACUCUAUUUACCUUAUACUGCUCACAGUCCACUGUAUUAAUACAUGUUUGAGAUCGUGUAUUGUUAAAAUUGUUAUGAGAUCUACUUUUAUUAUUCCAAAUGAUUAAACAGUUCCAGUAUUAGUCAACGGGAAAUACCACAGCUGUAUAAUCAUGGAUCCAGAUGACAGGCAUAUGGAUGACAGAGGCCAGAUGACUGACAACAAACGAGAUGAGAUUAUCAGUUCCAGUAUUCUGGCAAAAUAAGUAUAAAUACAUUGUAGAUGAUGACAACUAUUUCGCUUUGUGUCAUGUCUGGCAAAGUAUAAACUCUUAAACUGCCAAUCAUUGGUGUGAGAUUCAGUUUGGA